AUGUUGCACAUGGAAAGAAUACCGCAGCUGCUGGCUUUCGUCCAGGCUGCGCUAGUCGUAGCGUGGUGUUUUACUGAUAUGGAAGCGGGGCCUGGUGCAGCUGUGUCGACACAGGCGAACGGAGAUCGGUUUAAAAUCGAGGGAAGAGCGAUAGUGCCGGGGGUCAAAACGCAAGACUGGGUCUCCGCGGCCAGAGUGCUGAUAGAUGGUGAAGAACACGUGGGAUUUUUGAGAACCGAUGGGAGUUUUGCUGUGAACGAUGUCCCUUCAGGGUCUUAUGUUGUUGAAGUUGUUACCCCCACCUAUAGAUUUGAACCUGUCCGUGUUGAUAUCACAUCCAAGGGUAAAAUGAGAGCACGUCUUGUGAACUACAUCAAAACUUCGGAGGUAAUUCGCCAGCCGUACCCUCUUCAGAUCAGGAGUAAUGGACCUCACAGCUACUUUAUGAAGCGAGAAACGUGGGGCUGGACAGACUUCCUUAUGAAUCCAAUGGUUAUGAUGAUGGUUCUGCCCCUGCUGAUCAUUGUUUUGCUGCCCAAGGUGGUCAACACCAAUGACCCAGAGAUGAGAAAGGAAAUGGAGCAGUCAAUGAACAUGCUGAACCCCAACCCUGAGCUUCCUGAUGUCUCUGAGCUCAUGACCAAGCUCUUCUCUGGCUCCAAGGGCUCCAGCAAGGCAGGCAGCAGCAGCAGCAAGGGCACCAGGCCAGCUGCCAAGAGGAGAGCAAAGAGACUUUCAAUGCAGAGCAACAAUGCUGACCUGGAGUCUUGGGACCAGUAAAACCUCCAGUGACGUCUGGAAUUUGUUUAGUCAUAACGUUGGUACAUGGCACACUGGGGUAGUCAACCGUUGGAGGAUGGUAAUGAUUUGCCUCGCCUCUCAAAGAAGAAUUAUUGACAAGUGAGAUAAUGUUCAGCAUGUUUGUUGGUGAUUACAUUUUUGCCUUUCAGUUUGUAUUUUACUGUGUAUAUUAUUAUUAUUAUUACACAAAGACACUUACAGAACUGCAGACAGGCAGCACAGGGUCCUUCACAAAGCAACUUUGCCACUAUGAGCAGAACACAAGGCACAGAGCUCAGAUCAGAAAUAUGCAUGUAACAGUACAUCAUAAGACAAAAAGGUGCAAUAAUUUACAGCAGCGUCACACUGUUUUUUUUUACAGCAAUAAGAAGACAAGAAUAGAGGUUUCCAUAAACAAUCUUAGAUCUCAUAUUACUUCUGUUAAAUUAAUGCAACUGUAAAUGCGCAUAAAUGUACAGAUUAGCCCUUAAAUACAUGAAAUAUCAAAUAUCAAGGUACAAAACAGAAAAAAAAGACAUUAAUUGAACAAUAAUAUACUGUAAGCAAUUUACAUUUAUUUGUGAGGUGUAAAAUACUUAAUCAGUGAAAUAUGUUAUCCCUACUAUAGAUUUGUUUUGAAAUAUGUAACCCUGUGCUAUGUCCUUUAAAUUACAGUGCAAGUGAGCAAGAGAAUAAAGGAGGAUUAUGGAUUACAUGAGGUUGAUAGGUUCAGAGUUUUUGACUCAUGCUUACCCAGUAUAUGCUGAUUAAAAGAAGUUUGUUACUACCUUUGUAAUCCGACUGUGACAGAGUAGUCGUAUGAGGUGGGACUGUUGUUACUUGGGCCUCUGAUUUGGAAAGAAUAUUAUUUGAUUAUUAUGUUUGUUUGUUUUUUAUUUUUCUUUGGUUUCUUAACCAGUUGUCCAUAUAUGCUUGGGUGCUUUUCAACCACUGACAGCUAAUUCAGCAUACUUCUGCAAAUGUGCCCAAAUGCAAUCAAAUACAGGGUGUUAUGGGGUGGGGGUGCUUCAGGUGUAACCCACAACUAAUUCACUGUUUAAUAUAUGCUCUAAUACAAGAAAGGAAGUCCGCUUUUCCUGGAGUUCAAAGUUCAUCUUCAUUGGCCAUUUCAAAAUUAUUAUUUUCAGCACAAAAUAACUCAUUUUUGGGAGGGUUACCAUCAACCUACAACCCCAAGGGAGGGAUUUUUUUUGCAGGUGUCCCCUCGCAGAAGUCACAGUUUAUUUGUAAUUAUAAACAUAAUUUAUCCUUCACAUUUUAAAUUAGCUAUAUUGGAAAUGUUUGUAACUCUGGUAAGGUUAGCACAACCAAGCACUUUAUGUUCACUAGCUAAACAAUGUAGAUGUAAAUGGAUUAGAAUUCCUGUACUGUAAGCUGCUGUGUAACCAGAUAAUAAAGGAUGAUAUAUUACAAUAGGAGCUGUAAUUAUAAUGGCUUUUUAUUUUGUUUUCUUUCUUACAUCUUC